UGAAGAUGUAAACAACCGCGCGUGUGAGUAGUGCGAUUCUUCGAGUGUAUGAAAUAUUAUUCAAAAAUUCCGUCAAUAAUUAUGGAAAAACCGAGUGAACCCUCGGUAGCGAAAGAAGCAGUGCUUCUGGGAAGUAUCGAACUACCUGAAGACACCCCAACUGUGCAGGGCUACGACUGGAAUCGGGGUUUAAAUUAUGAAGCUCUGUUUGAAUCCUAUCUGUUUUCCGGAUUUCAAGCAACAAAUUUGGGAAAAGCGAUUGAAGAAGUCCGCAAAAUGAUCGAAUGUCGAGCAAUUCCUUUGCCGGAAGACCAGAGCGACGAAUAUGAGGAGGACGAAUUCAUCAGACGUAAAAGCAACUGCACGAUUUUCCUUGGAUACACAUCCAACAUGGUUUCGGCAGGUGUUCGCGAGACGCUACGCUUCCUGGUGGAGCACAAACAAGUCGACUGCAUCGUUACCACAGCCGGUGGAGUGGAAGAGGAUCUGAUCAAAUGUCUGGCUCCAACAUACGUGGGAUCGUUCGAAUUGGACGGUAAAAAGCUCCGAGAACAAGGCAUUAACCGGAUAGGAAAUUUACUAGUGCCUAACGAUAACUAUUGCAAAUUUGAGAAUUGGGUUAUACCGAUACUUGAUGAAAUGCUUGAAGAACAGAAGACAAAAGGUACGCUGUGGACACCGUCGAAAGUUAUUCAAAGGUUAGGUGAAAAGAUCAAUGAUGAAAGUUCGAUCUGUUAUUGGGCGGCAAGGAAUAACAUUCCAGUAUUCAGUCCGGCGCUGACCGAUGGAAGCCUCGGAGAUAUGAUGUACUUUCAUUCGUUCAGAAAUCCUGGAUUGGUGUUGGAUAUAAUCUCAGAUUUGAGACGGCUGAAUACCAUGGCCGUGAAAGCCGUUAACUCAGGGGUCAUUAUCGUAGGCGGUGGUGUAAUCAAGCACCACAUAUGCAAUGCCAAUCUGAUGAGAAAUGGGGCCGAUUACUCAGUGUUCAUAAAUACGGCGUCGGAGUUUGAUGGAAGCGAUAGCGGAGCGAGACCAGAUGAGGCGGUUUCUUGGGGCAAAAUCAAGAAAGACGCUACUCCUGUAAAAGUAUACGCCGAGGCAAGCCUAGUAUUUCCAAUUUUAGUAGGUGAAACUUUCGUGAAGACCCAUUUCAGCAAAAAGAGAGAGCAAAUACAUGACGAUUGUGAUUAAGAUACCAAG